CGCUUGGAACCGACCAACCUAACGUCGUAGCAAAGGAUACAAAGAACUCUAUAAACCCCAGAUUCUCUUUUCUCUCUUUUAUCUGUUUUUCUUUAUUAAAGUUUCCUCGGACAGUAAACAAAUCACGCACACCGCCACAUAAUACCACCAACAAUAACAAAUAUGACAGGAAACUCUUCUCAACAACGUCUCGGCCAAAUCUCGGCUCAUUUAGAUUCUAACGACAAGAUGGCUUCCGUGUUUCAGAACGUACCUCAAGCUCCUGCCGACGUUAUUUUCAGUCUGACUGCUGGUUACAAAGCCGAUACCGACCCAAAGAAGAUCAACGUGGGUGUCGGUGCAUUCCGAACCGACGCACUGAAGCCUUACGUGCUUCCUGUCGUCAAGAAGGCCGAUGCCAUUCUAUUCAAUGACGCUUCACUCGAUCACGAGUACCUUCCCAUUGCCGGUCAACCUUCCUAUACCCAAGCUGCUACCAAGUUGAUUCUCGGUCAAGGAAGCCCGGCCAUUCGCGAGAACCGCGUUGCUGCUGUUCAGACCAUUUCCGGCACUGGUGCUAACCACACUGGGGCUGCUUUCCUUGCCCAAUACUACACCAAAAGCCGCAAAUGCUAUAUCUCUAAGCCUACCUGGGCCAACCAUCGCAACAUCUUUAGCUCGGUCGGAUUCGAAGUUGAAGAGUACCCUUAUUGGAACCCUGAGACGCGUGGAUUAAACUAUGCCGCUAUGCUCCAAACCAUGCGCUCUGCUCCCGCUGGCAGUGUCUUUAUUCUUCACGCCUGCGCUCACAACCCCACGGGCGUCGAUCCCACGCAAGAACAAUGGAAGGGCAUUGCCGAGGUGAUGCGUGCCAAGGGCCACUUUCCCUUCUUCGACUGCGCUUAUCAAGGCUUCGCAUCCGGUGAUCUUGACCGUGAUGCUUGGGCUGUGCGAUACUUUGUCGAGCAAGGCUUCGAAUUGUUCGUCGCUCAGUCGUUUGCAAAGAACUUUGGUCUCUAUGGUGAGCGUGCUGGUAACUUGACCAUCGUGGCCAAAUCACCUGCCGAUGCCGGCCAUGUUUUCUCCCAAAUCGAAAAGCUCCAGCGCUCUGAAAUCUCUAACCCUCCUGCCUAUGGCUCCCGUAUUGUCGAUAUCGUCUUGAAUGACCCUGCCCUCUAUGCCGAAUGGAAGGAGAACCUUAAAUACAUGUCCAACCGAAUCAUCAGCAUGCGUAAGCAAUUAUAUGCCCGUCUUGUCGAAUUAGGCACGCCCGGCACAUGGAAUCACAUCACUGAUCAGAUUGGCAUGUUCUCAUUCACUGGUCUUCACGCAUCUCAAGUCAAGGUUCUCAAGGAAAAGUAUCAUAUCUAUUUGACUGAUAACGGUCGUAUCUCCAUGGCUGGUCUGUCAACAAGCAAUGUUGACUACUUUGCUAGAGCAGUAGACGAUGUUGUCCGGAAUGUACGCGUCUAAAAGCUACUUUUACAAAACAAAACAAAAUAAAAUAUUAUAAAAAAAAUAGAAACGUCA